AUGAGAAUGUAGAAUGGCGAAGUGUGAAUGAUGUACUUAAGGUUGUAUUCGAGGAAGCUGCGCGGAACAGUUGAAGGAUAAUGGAGUAGGUAUUAUGGUAACAGUGCGUGAUAGUGGAAGGUAUGGAUGAGUGCUGCCGAGACAUGUUUGGGUGAGCUGCUCAAGGUAGACAGGUGGUUUGGGUGAGCGGGUGAGGAAGAGCGAUGUACUGAUUCUGAAGACAGAAACAGGAGCUUGGCUGUUCAGUGUCCUCAAAAGUUUUGCCCACCUCGUGAGCGACAGAUUACCAAAUGAGUGAAGACAUGAUGAGGUAGAUACUGCUAACCGUAAUUGGUCCUAUGUGUUUGUUUGUUAUUCGUUAUUCGUUAUUCGUUGCUUUUCCCUGUCCCUCAGGUAAUGCUGGAGGAAUCUUCAACAUUGACACUGCCCUCGGCGUGAUCAGCCUCACCCGAACCCUUUCCGAGGCCCAGCCCCCGGAGUACCUGCUGCUGGUGCGGGCCACGGACCACGCCGCGCAGGCCCGCGCCGCCUCGGUGCCGGUCCGGGUCAUGGUGACCGCCUCGCAGAGCUCGCCGCCCUCCUGGCAGGGCAAUAAGCCGCACGUGGAGGAGGUCGGGGAGUGGGUGGCGGUGGGCACGGCCCUGGCGCGCGUCACGGCGUCCUCACCGUCGGCCCUCCACUACUCGCUGACGGGCGGGAAUGAACACAGCGCCUUCGUCAUCAGCCCCGCCUCGGGGGUGGUCAGCGUGGCCACGCCCCUGGACUACGAAACCACCUCCUGGUACAACCUGACCAUCACGGCCACCAACCUGGCCGGGGUGUCCCGCAGCACGUGGCUGGGCGUGACGGUCCUCGACGAGAACGACUGGUGGCCGGAGUGGGAGCGACUUUCCUACCACGGCAGCGUCCUGCAGACCGCCGGCCGCGGCGCCCCCGUGCUGGCCGCCCACGCCCACGCCCAGGCCAGCCCCAGGCAGCUCACGGUGACCGCCCGGGACCGUGACCAAGGCUACAACGGCAGAGUGACCUACACCAUCGUGGAGAAGGACAUCACAAAGUUGUUUUCAAUCAACCGACACACAGGAGCUGUGUGGGUGUCUGGCAGCCUGGACACAGUGGCCGGCACCACGGUGAGGCUGAGUGUGUGGGCCACGGACGGGGGCAGCCCCCGGCGGGAGUGUGUGGCGCCCGCCCCAGUCUUCAUCACGGUGAGGGAGGUGAAGGCUGCCCCCGUGGCCUUCCCCAAGACCCACUACUCAGCCGUCCUCUACCUGCCAACCUACCCUGGUGUGAGGGUGUUCUGCCUGGGCCGGGAGGAGCAGCCACGCCACCACGUGGAUGUGAAUGAUAUCACCGAUAUUUCAUAUUCCAUCGCUGCCGGUGACGACAGAGAAAACUUUGUGUUUGACAACGUGAGCAAGUGUGUCAAGGUCCAGGACCAGUACAGCCUCAAGCCUCAGUACAACCUCACCCUCCAGGCCAGCGACAGGGCCGCCUCGUCCACGGCAACAGCAGAGAUUAUAAUUGAAGAAGCGCCGCUGUCUACUCUGGUCUUCACUCAGGACCAGUACUGGGCCAACGUCAUUGAGAACUCCACUAAGGAGAUGAAUGUUGCUGCCCUGGGAGUGAAGGGUCAGCCGCUCAACCAUCACGUCCGCUACUCGAUUCUCAACCCAAACAUUAAAUUUGAAAUCCACCCGACCGCUGGCGUCAUCAAGACCACCGGCAAGUCUUUUGACCGGGAGGCAGAGGACCACUACAUGCUGGUGGUGGAAGCGCAGGACAUUGAGGACACAGCAAACGUGGCCCAUGUGCUGGUCCACGUGGCGGUGAUGGACGUGAAUGACAACGAGCCGGUGUUCCUCAACCAGCCCUUCCACGCCCUGGUGUCCACCGUGUCUCCGCGCAGCCACGUGGUCACUAAGGUGCAGGCAAUAGACGCUGACUCUGGGGAGUUCGGAAGUGUCCGCUACGAGCUGGUGCGAGGCAGCGGUGAGCUCUUCGCCGUGAAUAAGAAGACGGGUGAAAUUUCCCUGAAGCAGACCCUGAUGGCGGCCGACAAGACCUACAGCCUCACCGUUGCUGCCUACGACGGGGGAAAGCCUCCCCUCAGCUCACAGGCCCAUGUCCUCAUAAGGGUGGUGUCUUCUGAAGGGCCAAUGUUCACCGCCGCACGGUACGAGGCAGCCGUGCCAGAGAACGCCGCCAAGGGCACGCCCGUUGUAAGGGUGGAGGCCGCUAGCCCUUCCGGGGAGCCCAUCAUGUACACCAUUGUGGCCGGCAACACCGAGGAGCUGUUCGGCCUCGACUAUUCCACAGGUGGCAAUGCAGUGGAUCUUGAAUGCGUCGUCCAGACCACUGCCCUGCUGGACUACGAGGCCUCCGCCAGCCACAACCUGACGGUGCGGGCGCGGGACCCCUUCACCGGGGGCCACACGGACACCCACGUCACAGUCGCAGUCACGGACGUCAAUGACAACCCGCCGGAGUUCAGCCGUUCCGUCUUCAAGGGAGACGUGUCGGAGGCUGCAUCACCGGGCCACGUGGUGCUGCAGGUCUCGGCAAGUGACGUGGACACGGGGCCGGGCGGUUCAGUGCGCUACUCGUGUGUCAUGGAGUGUGGCAGCUUUGAGGUGCGUGCCCUGGACGGUGCCGUCACGCUCACCAAGGAGCUGGAUGCAGAGACUGAGGCUCAACACGUGCUGACUGUGCUGGCCACGGACUCAGGCAUACCCCAGCUCUCCUCCACCGCCACAGUGGUUAUUGACGUUGUGGACUUCAACGACAACCCUCCAGCGUGGCGCCAGGACAUCUACUCCUGCCGCGUGUCGGCCGAGGCCCAGCCCGGCCAUGUGGUCACCUCGGUGUCUGCCACUGACCCAGACGCUGGUCAGGUCACGCCGCUCAGUUAUGCCAUUCACUCGGGAGACCGAGACGCCAUCUUCAAAAUGGAUCAGCUGACUGACGGCUGUGAUGGCCGUGUCCUGAACCUGUCUGUGAGUGACGGGGUGCACGCGGCCUUCACCGGCCUGCACGUCUCGGGGCUGGCCUCCAACCACCACGCGCCGAGGUUUAAUCGCACUCUGUAUGAAGCUUACGUGGAGGAAAAUUCAUCUCCUGGCCAGCUAGUCAUCAACCUGGUGGCCACGGACCUUGAUGCCUGGGACCUGGGCAAGCUGCAGUACACCAUCCUGCACCAGACUUCAGAGGGAGCCUUCACCGUGGACAAAGAAGCCUCAAGGUGUCUGUGA